GGCAUUUCCAAUUUUCGGUUUGAUUUUAUCAAACUAUAUAAUGUAAUUCUAACCUAGAAAAUCGUUGGUUCUCUUUUGAGGCAGACUGAGAUUGGAAAUGCCUUGGCCAUUAGGGCACGUUGCUAAUGCACACGGUUCUUUUUCAGAUUGGGGCCACCCCCUUUCUCUUUCCCUUUCACUUUGCCUAGCCUUGGCCAAUAUUUUCACCCAUGCAUGUGCCUUGGCAGCGCCAUCGCCUUUAACUUCGCCUACAACUGGUUACGAAGCCACUAUAUGUGAGGUCACCCCUCACAACUGGGACCUCCCCUUCAAGCCCCUGGCCAUCCUGGCUUCAGUCGUGUAAAAAUGGACCAGCGAAAGAUAAGUCGAUAGCGUUAUAGCAGCGCCAAAGAUGUAAAACUUAUUUUGUUAUUUUUGUAA